GGCUCAUCCCAGCCAGGCUGCGUGCCUGCCUCCGCCGCCGUCGGCUGCAGCCUGUGCGCCCCGGGACCUGCUCUCAGGUGCGGGGCUUGCCCUGGCUGCGACAGGCGCAUCCAGGCCUUGGCGCCGCUGACCUCGGGGAGUGGUGGUUCUCUGCGCUGCCUGAGCAUGAAGGCUGUUCUGGAGAGAGAGGAGAACCAGUGCUGCACGUCAGAAAACUAAAGGCUUCUCAGAACUUUGCUUCUCCAGGAGAAAUCUUAAGGGAGACCAACCAAUUCUUGAGAUUCUAAAAUCAUGGCCCAUGCACUGGUGAUGUUCAGGGACGUGGCUGUCGAAUUCUCUCAGGAGGAGUGGGAGUGCCUGGACCCUGCUCAGAGGAACUUGUACAGAGAUGUGAUGUUGGAGAAUUACCGUAACCUUGUCUCACUGGGACAUGCUGCCUCAAAGCCAGAUGUGAUUACCUUAUUGGAGCAAGGGAGAGAGCCUUGUACGGCGGCAAGGGUUGUGACAGCAAGACGAGACCCAGGUUUGUUCUCCAGGACUGAGAAUAAGAGGUUAUCUCCAGAAAACGGUAGUUGUGAAAUUGGUUUAUCCAACUGGGAGAAAAUAAAAAGAAGUAAAACCUUUGACCUUAAAGGACCCACUUUGAGGAACGAUUGGGAGAGCAAACGUGAGUUUGAAGGACGACAGGAAGCUCAAGAAGGAUAUUGCAGUCAAAUUAAAAUCAGCAAUGACAAAAAGCCAACAUUUCAAAACAAUACGACUUUUCCUCUAAAUGACAGAGAACAUGGAAAAUCCUUUAGUUGUGACUCCAACACAGUUCAACAUAAGAAAAUUCAUUCUGAUGAGAAACAUCAUGAUUGUAAAGAAUGUGGGAAUACUUUUAAUAGUGGCUACCAACUUACUCUGCAUCAGAAAAUUCAUACUGGUGAAAAACCCUAUGAAUGCAAGGAAUGUGGGAAGGUCUUUAGUCGUAACUAUCAGCUUACUCUGCAUCAGAGGUUCCAUACAGGGGAGAAACCCUAUGAAUGUCAAGAAUGUGGGAAGGCCUUUAGUGUUCACUCACAGCUUAAUCGACAUCGGAGAAUUCAUACGGGCCAAAAACCCUAUAUGUGUAAGGAAUGUGAUAAGGGCUUUUUCAGUCAUUUAGAGUUUAUUCAGCAUGAGAGGAUCCAUACUGGUGAGAAACCUUAUGAAUGUAAAGAAUGUGGAAAAGCUUUUCGGCUUGGCUUCUACCUUACAGAACAUCAGAAAGUUCAUACAGGUGAGAAACCCUAUGAAUGUAAGGAAUGUGGGAAGGCCUUUGGUGCUUGUGGACAGCUUACCCGUCACCAGAAAAUUCAUACUGGUGCAAAACCAUAUGAAUGUAAAGAAUGUGGGAAGGCCUUUGACUUGGUUUUUUAUCUUACUGAACACAGGAGAACACAUACAGGUAAGAAGCCUUAUGAAUGCAAGGACUGUGGGAAAACCUUUAAUGUGCGUGGACAGCUUAAUAGGCAUAAGACAAUUCACACUGGUGUAAAACUCUUUGAAUGUGAAGUGUGUGGAAAGGCUUUUAGUUUUAGUGGUGACCUUAGAGUACAUCACAGAAUUCACACUGGUGAGAAACCAUAUGAAUGUGAGGAGUGUGGGAAAGCCUUUAUACUUCGCUCAGCCCUUACUGAACAUCAGAGAAUCCAUACCGGUGUAAAGCCCUAUGAAUGUAAGGAAUGUGGGAAGACCUUCAGAGGGCGCUCUCAAAUUAGUCUGCAUAAGAAAUUUCAUACUGAUGUAAAACCCUACAAAUGUACAUGCUGUGGGAAAGCCUUUAGAUUUGGGUUCUACCUUAGUGAACAUCAGAGAAUUCACACAGGUGAAAAGCCUUACGAAUGUAAAGAAUGUGGAAAGGCCUUUAUUCGCCGAGGAAAUCUUAAAGAGCAUCUAAAAACUCAUUCUGGUUUAAAACCCUAUGAGUGUAAAGAAUGUGGGAAGACUUUUAGUUGGCGUGGACAGUUUACACAACAUCAAAAAAUUCAUACAGGUAUAAAACCCUACAAAUGUAAGGACUGUGGGAAGGACUUCAGUCGUAGUGGAGAUCUUAGAAUACAUCAAAGAAUUCAUACUGGUGAAAAGCCCUAUGAGUGUAAAGAAUGUGGAAAGGCGUUUAGGCUUAAUUCACACCUUAAUGAACAUCAGAGAAUUCAUACUGGUGAGAAACCUUAUAAGUGUAAAGUAUGUAGUAAGGCCUUUAGACAACAUUCACAUCUUUAUCAACAUCAGAGAAUUCAUAACAUAACCUAAGAUAAGAAACCAGGCAUGUUUUUCAAGGUAACUUCAAAAAGUUGAUGGAAAAA